AAUGCUCAGUGUCGAUUUUUCAUUGGAGCUGCGGUGGGCAUGGGUGCGCAGCAGAGAGCUUUACUGUAUUAAUCUUAUGAGGCUUUUGCAUUCUGUAGGUCUUGUAUUUGGCUUCAAGGCAGUUUUCAGUCCCAUUCAUUUAAAACAAUAAGGACAGAGAGGUAUAGCCUAUAUUGCGCAUUUUCUCUCAGAAAGGCAAUAGUUCUAAUUGAUGGUCCUUGGUAUAUUCCUGUGAUACUAGUAUAGCUGCCUGGCAUUCAUCCACCUCUGUAGCAUUUAAAAAUCUGGAACAUUUGGAGUGGAAGUUGGAACAUCUCUUGAGCAAGCCGCAUGCACAAGAAAAGCGCAACAAAGUAUUUCUCUAUUUUAGACUCGUUCGGGGAAUAUUCUCAUUAUAUAAUCAGAAGAGGGAAAAUUGGUUUAUUCAGACUCGGUAUACAGUGACAGAAAGACACCGGGAGAGAGAUUAUAUUUCUUUCUUUUGAAUGCAAGCAGUUUCUCUCUCUGAAAACAAGGGACACUGUGUAAAGGGUCUGCUCUUUCUCUCCAACCCCGCUCCACUCGCCUUGUCUCCCCCCCUGACCACAAGCUAUCGAAUGGACCAACAUCCUAGCGCCCGGAGCUGCACCAGCCGCGGGGCUCCGUCUUGCGAGGCCGUCCCGAGUGAACCCUCCAUGAAUUUGUACAUCCAUUCCACAACCGGCACACGCUUCGAGCUCUCUCUUCCCCUGGAGGAGACUGUGGAAGGACUGAAGAGAAAGCUUUCUCAGAGACUCAAAGUACCAAAAGAAAGACUCGCCCUUCUACAUAAAGAAACGCGUUUGAGUUCAGGAAAACUCCAGGACCUAGGGAUCUCUGAUGGGAGCAAGUUAACCCUUGUACCUACAGUUGAAGCAGGCUUAAUGUCUCAAGCAUCAAGACCAGAACAGUCAGUGAUGCAAGCUUUGGAGAGUUUAACAGAAACUCAGGUCAGUGACUUCCUGUCUGGCCGCUCUCCUCUGACCCUGGCGCUGCGAGUGGGUGAUCACAUGAUGUUCGUUCAGCUGCAGUUGGCAGCCCAGCAGUCUGGAGGGCAGCAGUUACAGCACAGGCAUCUCAUUGCCCGUGGGGGCGCAGAGGGCACCAUGGGACAGUCCACAGGAGCAUCUGGAGGGUCCACCAGCGGGCAUCACCCCCGCGUCCCCACCCCGCACCACCACCACCCUCACCCGCAUCCACAUCCCCACCCCCAAUCCCACUCCCAUCCUCACCCCCACCUGUCCCGGCCCCAUCCAGUGCCACCGCCCUCCACCAGCUCAGCAGCCUUCCCCCCUGCCCCCUCACACCAGCCCUCUCCUCCCAUGUACCCCUCCUCCUCUUCCCUCUCUUCAAGUCACUGCAACACCCCUCCUGCUCCUCGUCCCUCCCAGCUGCCCGGCAGUAUGUUUAGUCGCUCCCACCAGCCCUUCCCAGGCCGACCCAGCCCCACCCCUGGCUCCGUCCCCCAAAGCACCCCCACUGCAGUCCCCUGCCCUGAGGCGAACUGCAGUGCUAAGAGCCCCAGUAACGGCACCAGCGCUUCAGCACGCUCCUCCUCCUCUUCCUCCCGCAAACCAGGUGCCAUUAUCGAAAGCUUCGUCAACCACGCUCCUGGGGUCUUCUCAGGGACUUUUUCAGGCACUUUGCAUCCUAACUGUCAGGAUGGCACCGGGCGGCCCAGGCGAGACAUCGGCACCAUCCUGCAGAUCCUCAACGACCUCCUGAGUGCCACGCGCCACUACCAGGGCGUGCCCCCCUCCCUCACCCAGCUCCGCUACCAGACGCAGUGUGGCUCGCCCUCGCCUGCCUCCCCAUCGCCUUCACCCCCUCCCUCACCCCCAGCCACCACCCCUGGCAUUGCCGGCAUCUCUGCCAAAGCUACCUCGGUGCCUGCCAGCAGCCCCAUCUCACCCCCUCUCCACCCGCUGGUGCAGUGUCAGAGCCAGAUCCGCAUGUGCAAGCCCCCUGGUGACCGUGUGCGUCAGACAGAGAACCGUGCGACACGCUGCAAGGUGGAGCGUCUACAGCUCCUGAUGCAGCAGAAGCGCCUGCGCCGGAAGGCGAGGCGGGACUCCAGAGCGCCCUACCACUGGCUGCCCAACCGCAAGGCGGGACGCAGCAACAGCAACAGCAGCACAUCCAGCGAGGGAUCCAUGGACCUCGACUUCGAUGACUCGGUGUGGAAGCCCGACGUCAAGGCCGACAUGAAGACUGAGUUCGUCAUGGCGUAAUGACAAAGACGAGGAUGCUGAUUGGCUGGAUAAUGAAGAGGCAGCAGAGGACUCGGGUUAAGGAAGUUGGGAAUGGUUUCAGAGGUAUGGAAAACAAGCUGGAGCCGAGUGUGGAGCAUGAAAAACAGAGAGAGGGAAGAAACCUAGUCAUCCUCUUCUCUCGCUGGGACAACGAACUGUCACACCAAAAGGCUCCCUGUUGUCUUUCAUCUUAUCAUGUCCUCAACAGCCUCCUACCAUUAGAAAUAGACAACAAAAACAACAAAAGAUUUUUGACGUUUGGACUGGGAACGGAUAUGUAUGGACUUACAAGACUACGUUAUGCAUACGGACUGCAAAAAUAUGUACUUCCUAUGAGGAACAACUAAAACUGAACUGAGCAUAGCAGACUUGGAUGGGGGUGGUGGUGUUUUGGUCUUUUUUUCUGUUUUUCUGUUUUAGUUUUACAAGGAGAACUCUGGAGAGAGAUUCACACUGGACUUCUGAGCAGGAUUGUCGGUGGCUGGGGCCGUGGUGUAACUACACACAGGACAAACAGACAGACAGACAACCCCUGGCCCCAGAGCCAUCCCUGGACUACUCUAAUGGGCAUUCCAGGUCUCCACUUCACCGACCAGAGUCGACUUUUUACCUAUUGGGUUAUCUUUUUAUUUCCAUUUUGAAACGUAAUAUUAUUUUAUUUUUUCUAAACAAAUAUGUAGCAUUGUUCAAAAAGCAUUCAGGUUUUCAUAAACAAUUUUAAAAGUAGUCGUUGAUUUGCACAUUUUUCAUGAUUUUGGAACAGCAGGUCAGAGUGUGCAGGAAGUGGGAUAUGAGGAGCAAUGACUCAUUGGAAAUGUGGUUUUGACUAAAGUUUUGACUAUUACAUAAACAGCAACCUCAGUAACAUACAGUAGGGUAUUAAUAGGAAUGAAUUAAUGAAUAAAAUAAAUAAAUAUUAAUGGAGUGCUUCAGAAGAUUUUAAAAUCAUGAUUAAAAAAUGUAUAUGGAAACAAAUCUAUUUUUAUUUCACUUUUUAUCUGCUGUUUUCAAAAAACAGUAGCCAAGUAUGGCUUGGGUCAAGCCAUUCAUUAAAUUGAUAGCUAACAAACAUAUUUAUUCAAUCAUUCAUCAGCUCAUUCACUCAUUAGGGUCAUAUAGCCACAAACAAAUAAUGGAUAAAAAUCCCAUUGAACCCAACUACAAGCCUAUUUCAAAUAUAGGUGGGGAUCUCACAUUUGUAUGAUACUUAGCAGGGGUUUAUAAGCGUGUGCGUAUGGGUGUUUGUGUGUGACAGUGAAGAUGGCUGAUUCACCCCUCUCGUCACUCAAACAAUGGAGGUUCAGUACAGAGAAUACUCUCCGUUUCUCGCCAUUCAGACGCUCUAGAUAUCUUUCCCAUGUAUUCCUUUUUGAACCAACAUCCCACUUUAACCAAGGCGUCUGUUAGAAAAUGUUGAUUAUGUCAAGCUACUUUCUAGUAAUGGAAAAGAGAGGUGGAAGAAAGCUAAGAAAUCCCAAGCAGGGAACCUGUCUCCAGUUUCAUCAACCAGUGCCUCCACCAAUGGAUUCCCUCACAUAUCAGAUUAGGCCAUUUACAGACUUACUAAGAGAUUUGCUGCUACAUGGGACUUUGAUAGACGGGGGAAAAGUGACUUUUCUUUGCAUGCAAAAAGUGUGAAUUAUCCUGACUUUUGUAUUGUUGGAAGAAAAAAUAUAUACAUGAAACUGGUGCUUUGGAGAAUUUGUGGACAAAUAAUGCUUAGCCGCUUUUGUUGGUUAGGUUAUUGUUUCCAUAGAACAGCAACACUGUCCUGCUCCAAGUAUUCUCAAAGCAAACCAACGCAGAUGAAGUAAGAAUGGACUCAUAUCUUGCUCACUCUGAACUGAACAUUCCCUGGACAGUGAUGAUCAUGAGCAAAGAGCAAUUGACUUUCCUCCCUAAACGCUGGUUCAACCAACAUCGUUCUCCUCAACAUGGAGACAAGGACCCAGGCAGCAACCAGCCCUUAGUCCUCUCAGCCUAACUCAAUAACAUAGUGUUCAACAAGGUGCAUGUUUGGGACUAAUUAACAGGGGAAACCAUUGGACCAGAGUACGCAUCGUCACAGAACCCACACUUCUAUGUAAAACACAAUGUCUGACCCUACCCUACCGUGAUUGCACUCACAGAGUUUUCAGUGGGAGAUUACCUGUUUGGUAAACCUUGUCUUUUUGUCAGUGGCCUUACCUUUCACUAAACGAGACACGAGGGGACUGGUGGGGACGUGUGUUUGUUUCUUUACCUGUGUUUUGUGAAGACGCCAUUGUCACUGAGGAUUCGGGCAUCUCUUGUUUGUGCUUUUAGCAGGUGGAGUCUCUAUUAUGUCAAGGCUUCUGUGCCUUAAAACGUUGCCCUUGCAGUGUGGGUCAGAUAUAAGAUGAACAAAUUAUUUCCAUUGAUGAAUUCAUGAAUUAAUAUAAAAGGCUGUAACCACAUGGGAGCUGUAGUUUUUAGGGGUAAGCACGUUGAGUGAAUUAAUAUCGAUGUGUUUGUAAUCUGUGUUUGUUCCUCAAUCGGUCUUCCCAUUUUCUCUCCAUUGUGUUGCUAUGUUUGUCUGUCUUCUUUGUCUGAACACCCCGCUCUGUCCUGCCCACCAACAUUGACAAAACAAAGUACCUGAGGUGGAAGAUUUGACUGCAGUGUGCUACUAUGGCAACAAAGUGCCCUGACUCUGACUGGACAGGUGUCUUCUGAGGACGUGAGACCACAUGACAUGCACUUCCUGUCUCCUUGGACAAGACAUUUCAAAGGACAAUUCACCCCCCCCCCCCCCCCCCCCCCCCCCCCUAAAUUGAAUUAGAUUUUUGAUAUAUGUAUGAACUAUACUCUGUGUGUGCCUCACUUAUGUGUGAAAAAAAACAAAAAAAAACAUAAAAUGAUGACAUGGGAUGAGAUGAUUGGACAAAAGAGGGGGUGGGGAGGGCAUUUACAAAACAGUUUGUAGGUGGAGUUCUGAUCACAUCAUUUAAGUUGCCUGUUCUUUCUUGUAGCCAACCAUUGAAAAAUAAUAACAGGAGUCAAGAAUACCAUUUACAAUGUUCUAGCUAUAGACCGGUGUAGCACAUGUGUGACUGUAUUAAUUUAUGAAACCAAAAUGGUAACUGUGAAUUCUGUAUUUCUUUGUGCAUUUUUUUAAGUGGGAGAAGGUGGUUGGGACGUAGAAACGACUAAUGCCUAUGUCCUAUUUUGUUUUUGGUGAAAUAUAACGGAAAUCAUGUUUCCCCUAAAAAACUAAAAAAUGUCUACAUAUAUUUUUUUCUUAAGCAAUACAUUUCAGUGUGACUUGUGAUAGAACAUUUUUCUUUUUUAGGUAAUAAAUAAAAAACAAAACGAGUACG